CGCGCGCGUCGAUGCGGCUCGCGCGCGCGCCGGCGCGGGCGCCGCACCAAAGCGGACGAACGCGCGGCGCGCGACGACGCGCGCGGUGCGCGGCGACGACGUCGGACGGGCGGAAAACGAUCGCGGUGUUUCCGAGCGACGGCGAUUCGCGCGCACCGCGCGCGUUCGCGCGACGACGCGCGCGGUGCGCGGCGACGACGUCGGACGGGCGGAAAACGAUCGCGGUGUUUCCGAGCGACGGCGAUUCGCGCGCGGGGACGGACGCGCUCGCGCACGCGACGACGAUGGCGGCGUGCGUGAACGCGCGCGUCGGGGCGCGGUGCGAGGCGGUCGUCGUCGCGCGCGGCGACGACGGGGCGUGGGCGGAUUGCGCGCUGGCGACGACGGGGGACGCGCGCGCGGGACGCGCGCGGGCGGCGGCGAGGGCGACUUCGCGCGAUUUCGACGACGGCGACGGCGACGAGGGCGCGGCGGGGUUUGAUUUUUACGUCACGACGCUGUCGACGACGCGGUCGCGGAAGCGGCCGUGCGUGGCGUUGGACGUGGAAUCGACGACGCGGUACCCGCGUCUCGUGGCGGCGGCGAUUCGCGCGCGCGCGGAAGCCGCGUUCGCGGACGCCGCGGGGUCGCGCGAUUUCGACGUUCGAGGCGGGCGGUUGGUGAGUUGCGCGGCGAGUGAUGAAGGCGCGGUGGCGUACGACGGCGUCGAGGAAGAUGAAGACGACGCCGACGAAGACGAAGACGAAGACGAAGACGAGGCGGCGACUUCGACCUCGGCGCCGGCGACCUCCUUCGUGCGCGUCGAGCUUUCCGAUUCGCCGGUCUCGGGAACCGCGAGGGCGUGGUCGAAGAUGUUCGUGCACGCCGCGGCCGUGGGUCUGUCCAUGGAGUCCGUGAUCGAACACUUGGUGAAGAACGCGACGAGCCGCGAGGCGUCGACGAGGAAAAUCGUCGCCGCGCCCGCGCCCGCGCCCGCUUCGACGAGUUCGGCGUCGAUGCGCGUGUACGUUCUCUUCGGCGGCGCCGCGUCGGGCGGCGAUCGCCUGAGUUCGUGCUACGCCGGGCGUAACUUAUACUUGACGCUUCGAAACAUCCCGACGAUUGACGUCACGCCCGUGCUCUUGAUGCCGCCCGCGGCGAACUCAAACGGGCUCGUCGACGCCCCGGCGUGGCGGCUACCGUACGCGUUCGCGGUGAAUCCCGCGCAGUGGUCGUCCGCGGACGUUCCGCCGCGCAUGCCUGACCUCGGGCGCUUCGCCACCGCUCGGCGCGUGCGCGCGGAAUUAGAAAAGUAUUUAUGGAUUUCGCCGCCGCGCGACGACGCGGCGCUCGCGUUCGACGCGACGCCGCGCGUCUCGCGUUUGGGCGCGUUGCUCUCGCUCGCCGCCUCCGAGGGCGCCAUCGUGUUCAACGCCGGCGUCGUGGGUGAACCCGAUGGGAGUUUACAACAACUGUGCGUGUCCUCGGGCGCGGCGUACACCGGAUGCGGUCCGCUCGCUAGUCGCGUGUGCGCGGACAAGGCGGCGACGAGCAAGGCGUUGGGGAACAUGCGAGACGUAGGGGUGGGGUGUUUGAAUAAGCGAUUCGUCCCGACGGCGACGUUAGUGAGUAAGGCGACGGAAGAGAGCGGGUGGGGCGGUCGCGCGCGCGCGGAAUCGGCCAAGCGUCUUUGGUUGGACGUCGUCGGGUCGCUCGGCGGCGCGAGCGCGACGGCGCGCGGCGUAAUCGUGAAACCGGUGACCAAGUCGUCCUUCGGUGGCGUGCGGCGAUUGAUGAACGACAACGACAUGCUCGCGUACGCGGAGUCCAUCGCGGCGGCGAUGGCGAGCGGGCAAUUUCCCGAGGGCACGAAUCUCGCCGCGCGCGGGUACGUGUUCGAGCCAUUCUUCGACGCCGCGGAGGUUUCCAUUCGCGGCGACGGCGAAAUCGUCCUCGACCCAGACGACGGAUCGAAACGAUGGAUCGAGAUCGAGAUCGUCGUCUUCGGAGACAAACCCGGGAAAUUACACGCGUUCACGCCGAGCGUGCGCGCGCGCGACGGUCGAUCGGCGAUCGACAAAUCGAAAUUAGUCUUGUCCGAACGCGUCGUCGGGCUCGUGCGCGAACGCGCUCGACGCGUGGGCGACGCGUUACAAGUCGAAGGGUACGCGAAAGUCAAUGCGUUUGCAAAUUUAGACAACGGUGAGAUGAUCGUGAUCGAUGUCGACACCGUACCGAACAUGUCGUCGCCGAGCGCACCAUUGUUCGAGCAAGCGCUCGCCGAGGAUUCGCCCGUCGACGCCGAAACGUUUUGCGCGCGCGCGUUGAGUUUAGCGCUCGUGCGUAGAUUUAGAUGAUACGAACAACCGAUCGGAGUAUGUUUCGUGUAGCACGACAAAGUUGUACAGUACAGUAGGACAGUAGCGAAGAAAAAAAAGCGAUGUUGUAGUGAGGAAAUCGUUGUACAGUACAGUAGGACAGU